AUGGCAUCCCGACAUCUUGACAAUCCCAGUCCAUUUCUGCCCGCAUCGAACGCCACCUUUUCGAAUGCCUUUCCCCAAGCACUUGGGGCCACUCACAUUUGCUCACAUUUGCACCGUCAAAACCGUCCAAGGGACACCAAGGGACACCAAGCGACCCCGAACGACACACGAGGGACUCACAUUCGCUCACAAACUUGUCCCAUAAACUCCACCAUAGCCUCGACCAACCCCCCAGACUUGUCUCACUUCACUCUCAUCUGCCCAGAGAAAGUGACGACGUCCACUAAAAAACUUACUCCCAAGGUUUCGGCUUGCUCCAGAGUUCCCUUUUCUUGCCUCUUCCCUUUUCCUUUUUGGCAAUGGCCAACCCACGUUUCUCAUUCUCUUCACGCCAGCCCAUACCAGCACAUUCUUUUCUACCUCUCCUCCCUGUCCCGGCCCUACAAGGCGACAGGUCUUUUUAGUUUUUACUCCCUUGCUUUUUUGUCCGUGUUUCUUGCUUCCCUUUUAAUCUUUGUAUUCUUAAUUACUCCUCAUAUUCUUACUUUACCCACCGCGUAG